AGACUUGAGAAGAAAAUGCAAUCAAAUUAAAAACUGCAAAGCUAAAAUUGAACUCCUUGGUAGUUAUGAUCCAGAGAAUCAGCUUAUUAUUGAGGAUCCAUAUUAUGGAAAUGAUGAAGAUUUUGAAACUGUUUAUCAGCAAUGUCUCAGAUGCUGUAAAGAAUUUUUGGAGAAACCUCAUUGAUGUGGUUAUGUUUCUGAACGUGAAUAAUUCUAUGACAUUAGAGCAAAAUCUCAAUUAACAUUAAACUAUGAUAGUGUGCCUCUAAAAUAGA